GUUAUGAAUAUUCAUUUUUUUUGGGCUCCUUGCGGUUUGUUUAUCAAUUUAUGAAGGUUACUCGACCGAUUGGGAAGUCCUGGGGGAACAUAACCUGUGGAGUGUGGAGAAGGUGUGGAGUUCCAAGGCUCUCGAUGGGUCUGAGAAUUCUAAAUAGUCGUGGCUUUUAUUGAAACGUUUUUGGAGAUUUAGGACUAGUUUUCGGAGAUUUUGAGUUUGACAUGGCGAACACUGGGGUCUUACCUUUUGUCAGGGGGGUGGACUUCAGCUGCAAUGAUUUUGGAGAGAAUAAAUUUCCACCGUCCGUACGGUUGAUGACAGGAAUACAAUGGUUGAAGUUAAAUAGAACGAAUUUGUCGGAGAUACCAGAGGAGAUGGGAAAACUUUUGAAAUUGGAGCACUUAUCCCUGGUGAAAAACAACCUGGAGCGUCUCUACGGUGAGUUAACCGAGCUGAACUGCCUGCGCACCCUAAACAUCCGCCACAACAACGUGAAGACCUCAGGCAUCCCAGCGGAGCUGUUCCACCUGGAGGAGUUGACGACCCUAGACCUCUCCCACAACAAUUUAAAAGAGAUCCCAGAGGGCCUAGAGCGAGCCCGUUCCCUCCUGAACCUGAACCUGAGUCACAAUCACAUCGAGACAAUCCCCAACACCCUCUUCAUCCACCUGACAGACCUCCUCUUCCUGGACAUAAGUAACAACCAACUGGAGACCCUUCCCCCCCAGACGAGAAGACUAGCAAAUCUCCAGACCCUGAACCUGAAUCACAAUCCUCUGGGUCAUUUUCAGCUGCGUCAGCUUCCCUCCUUGAUGAACCUGACAACCCUCUCAAUGAGGGACACCCAGCGCACCCUCAACAACAUCCCCUCGUCCCUAGAGAGUCUGACGAAUCUUCAGGAGCUUGAUUUAUCCGAAAACUCACUCCCAAGAGUUCCCGAUGCUCUCUACUCCCUUCCCAAUCUGAGAAGGUUGAACCUCUCCGACAACGAUAUCACAGAGAUAUCAACAGCCCUGGAGCUGUGGCAGAAGCUGGAGACCCUAAACCUCUGCAGGAACCGGCUGACCUCCCUGCCCCCCUCCAUCUGCAAAAUCCUCACCCUGAGGAGACUCUACGUCAACGACAAUCAGCUUGACUUCGAGGGAAUUCCCUCAGGAAUAGGAAAAUUAUCGUCACUGGAAAUAUUCUCAGCUGCCAAGAACCACCUGGAGAUGAUACCCGAGGGUCUCUGCAGGUGUGGAUCCCUGAAGAAGUUGAUUCUCUCGUCAAAUCGACUGAUAACUGUUCCUGAUGCCAUUCACUUAUUGACUGAUCUUGAACAGUUGGACCUGAGGGACAAUCCGAACCUGGUGAUGCCACCGAAACCGACGGAAGUGCAACGAGGCUCUGGCAUUGAAUUCUAUAACAUUGAUUUUUCACUUCAGCAUCAGUUGAGACUGGCUGGGGCUAAUGUUCCAGCUCCAGCGCAGACUGUUAACAGUUCGAAGGAUCCGAUUGCCAGGAAGCUGAGGCUGAGGAGGAGGAGGGAUCAGGAGGAGGCCGAUCAGGAUCAGGCGAAGAUCUUGAGGGGGAUGAAGGACAUUGCAGGUGAAAAAAACAAAGACAAGGAUGAAGACGAUAUAAAAACCGAGUCCCUGAAACCCAAACGAUGGGACGAGAGCCUCGAAAAGCCGCCGUUGGACUACUCCGAGAUCUUCGACGAGGACGCAGGGCAAGUGCCAGGUCUCUCAGUCUGGGAGAUUGAGAAUUUCCUGCCGAAUCAAAUCGAGGAAGUCGCCCACGGCAAGUUCUACGAAGGCGACUGCUACAUCAUCCUGAAGACGAGUCUCGACGAGGCGGGCUCCCUCCUCUGGGCGAUUUACUUCUGGAUCGGAGAGAAGGCGACCCUGGACAAGCGCGCCUGCGCUGCCAUUCACGCUGUCAACCUGAGGAACUUCCUCGGCGCCCAGUGCAGGACCAUCAGGGAGGAGCAAGGGGACGAGAGCGACGAGUUCCUCAUGCUCUUCGACUCCGACAUCACGUACAUCGAGGGCGGCAGGACUUCCUCAGGAUUUUACACCGUUGAAGACACACCGGCGAUAGCGAGGCUGUACCGGGUGCAUGCAGCUGGGGCUUCCAUCCACCUUGAACCCGUGGUCUUCUCCCCAGGAAGUCUCGACCCAGGCUUUGUUUUUGUUCUCGACGUGGGGACGAGGAUCUUCAUGUGGUACGGUAAAAAUGCGAAAAACACAUUGAAAUCGAAAUCCCGUCUUCUGGCGGAGAAGAUCAAUAAGAAUGAGAGGAAGAACAAGGCGGAGAUCAUCAUGGAGACGAUGGGAACUGAGUCGGACGAGUUCUGGGAGGCACUCGGGGGAGAUCCACCAGAGGCCAUCGAGGAGCAUGUGGACAAGGACUUUGUCCCUGUCACCCCGAGGCUGUAUCAAGUUAGGUUGGGCAUGGGCUACCUGGAGCUUCCUCAGGUCGAAGUUCCUCACGGAAAACUGUCGAAUAGCCUGUUGAAUAAUAGAAACGUCUACAUACUGGACUGCUACCUAGACGUCUUUGUCUGGUUUGGAAAGAAGUCGACGAGACUUGUUAGGGCGGCAGCUGUGAAAUUGUCCCAGGAACUCUUCAACAUGAUUGAUCGACCCGAUUUUGCCAUGGUGACUCGCCUUCAGGAAGGAACGGAGUCCCAGAUAUUUAAGUCUAAAUUCACGGGGUGGGAUGAGGUCAUUGCUGUGGACUUCACGAGAACUGCUGAGUCUGUCGCUAAAACUGGGGCUGAUCUGACCAAGUGGGCAAAGCAACAAGACACCAAAGCUGAUCUUGCUGCGCUGUUCAUGCCGAGGCAGCCCCAGAUGUCUAAUACUGAGGCGCAGCAGCUGAUGAACGAGUGGAGUGAUGACCUUGAAGUCAUGGAGGCGUUCGUUUUGGAGAAGAGGAAGUUCGUGAGACUUCCGGAGGAGGAGCUGGGCCAUUUCUAUAGCGAGGAUUGUUAUGUGUUCCUUUGCAGGUACUGGAUACCUCUCGACAUGGAAAACGAAGACGGAGAGGAGCAGCAAUACGAAGACGACUUUCAGUGCAUCGUAUACUUCUGGCAGGGCCGGGACGCCGGUAACAUGGGCUGGUUGACCUUCACCUUCUCCAUGCAAAAAAAAUUCAAGACCCUCUUCGGUGAGAAACUCGAGGUGGUCAGGACCCACCAGCAGCAGGAGAACCUCAAGUUUAUGGCGCACUUCAAGCGGAAAUUCAUCAUUCAUCAUGGAAAGCGAAAAGGAAAGGCUCCAGGAUCGACGCCUGUCGAGUUCUUUCACCUCAGGAGUAAUGGCAGUGCUCUCUGCACUAGGUUAAUCCAGAUCCAGCCCGAUGCUAGCCUUCUCAACUCAUCCUUCUGCUAUAUCCUCAAUGUUCCUUUUAACAACGACGAAGAAACGGGAAUUGUUUAUGUCUGGCUGGGCUCCAAGUCUGAUCCCGAGGAGCAGAGGCUCAUUCAGGACAUCGCCGAGGAGAUGUUCAACACUCCCUGGAUCAGCCUCCAGGUGCUCAAUGAGGGCGAGGAGCCCGACAACUUCUUCUGGGUGGGGCUGGGGGGAAAGAAGAACUACGAGACUGACGCUGAUUUCAUGAAGUACACGAGACUCUUCAGGUGCUCCAACGAAAAAGGAUAUUUCGUCAUCAGUGAAAAGUGCACUGACUUCUGUCAGGAUGACCUCGCUGAUGAUGACAUCAUGAUCCUCGAUAAUGGGGAGCAGGUGUUCUUGUGGCUUGGAACGAGGUGUUCUGAAGUUGAGAUCAAGCUUGCGUACAAGUCUGCUCAGGUUUAUAUUCAACAUCUCAGGGUCAAGCAGCCUGAGAACCCCAGGAAACUUUUUCUCACUGCUAAGGGGAAGGAGAGCAGGAGGUUUACCAAGUGUUUUCAUGGUUGGGGCAUGCAUAAGAAACCACCAGAGUGAGGGGGAAUUGUC